CGACGCCUACCGUACAAUACAUACUUGUCCCAUUUCCUUCCAAUAUACAAAUCGUACUCACUCAUUCACUCACGCGCUGGACCUCGAAACUCAACGAUUAAUUGACUUUUCUUUUUCUCUAUACCGACGAAUUCACUCUACUUGGCGUGUUUAGAAACGCUCAAUUGCACCUUCUAAACCCUCCCUGAACUUAGUCUUGCCAAAAAUAGAAUUCGUCUUGUAUUGUUGGCCAAACUUAAAACGACGAACGAAGCCUCCCCUCGCCGCUAAUCUCGAACCGAUUCCUCUAAACCUCUCAUUUCGAUACGCCCGUCUACGAACCAUCUUAUGAACUAGUUAUUUCGCCAAUGCUGUUACCAGGGAUAGUCCCUUCUUUUUCAACGUAGGCCUUCAACAGGCACACAUACACACAAAUAUCCCCUACAUAUCAUGUCGUUCGGUGUUGCUGUUCAGUCCGCCAUAUUUUACCUCGUAUCUUGCGCGCCAUGUCUUCAAGCAAAGCAUCACCAACAAUCCAAGGCGAAAGCCAAGAAGGAACGCGAAGAGAAGGCGCGCAUCCAAGCCGAGAAUCCCGGAUCCUACCUACACCCGGAUCCUUUCAAUACGAACCCAUAUUGGUCCGAAGAAAUAAUGAUGGGACCUCGCAUACAAUCGAAGAAGUAUAAUGGGGGCGUGAGUAAAGACAUAAAUCAAAAACGUCUAAACAGUUCUGGCAAGGAGAGCACGAGCGUUGCCGGAAGUAGUACUCAAGUCAACAGUAUGAGUCCAGGUAGCAGUCGGACGGCAGUCGAAGAUGGUAAACUUAGCUUUUCCACCAGCUAUUCAGACGAUUGGAACCGGAAACGUUACCAGAGGGAAGAUGAAGAGUUAUGGGGUCAAGGUCACGAUUUAUCCCGUACUCACAAAUUGAUGGACGCUCUUAAGCAAGCGGGGUCAUCUGCCGGCCGAUUAUUUGAUGCAAGUUUAGGGAAGGAAAAGGAGCCGAAGCUAGUCACCGACGAAGAUAGGCACAAUUUCUAUUUUGCACCGCGAAACCCUCCCGUCAACGAUUACCAUCCCCCAAUCGUACGACAGAAGCCUACACACAAGGACGGCAACAGAUGGAUGUUGCAACCGCCUCCGCCUGCGAAGAUUAUGGAAGGUAAAGUGCCGGUUAGUAGGAGUGGAAGCAUGGCGAGUCAUAUUAGCCGUAAGACGACGAUGAGUGAUGGAUCCAACUUAGGCCGGCUGGUCCACGAAAGAGCAAUGGAGGCCAAAUUCAAGAGUGGCGAGUUGCCCUCGGAUUUUGAAUCCACCACGACACUUCACAAGACCAUCACCAGGAAGAACACUGCUUCAAGCCGGGGACAGCAAAGCCACCGAGUUCCAAGAAGUAGGAGCGUAUCACUAGAAUCCUCGGAUGCUUCAGACGAGCCCCGAAGGCGGAAAAGCCGUCGAGCCCGGCAACCGGUCCCUGCCGAUUUCGACUCCUCGUCUGAGGAAGAGUACUACCUAAGAAGCUCAGAUUCCUUUGGACGAGGCAGGAGAGCAGCUCGACAGCCCAAGUUGCAACCCAUAUCAAGUUCCCAGGAAAACGAGAAAGAUUCAAAGGAGAGCGUGUCGCUGGAAGGUAAAGGAGAUGCACUCACCCGGUCAGCUAGUUUCGCGCUCGCCAACGCUACGAGCAACUCCAGUCCAUCCCGAUUGAAUCCCGCCACACCUAGCAGAAAACCCGUCGAAGAAGUGCGACAAAAGUCCUCUCCUGUUGCGUUAGGUGCGCCACUGAAAGCCUCGUCAUAGUGUCAUUAGGAUAGACAGCUGGCCAAAUCGGAUAGCAGCAUCGAGCUGCAGCUUCCUCGGGCCGCGCAAUGCUG